CCUUCAUGCGCGCUCUGGGCACGGAGGUGGAGGCGGAGGCAGAGGCGGGGGUCUCUCUCUCUCUCUCGGUUCAGCCAUUUAAAUAUCAAGUCGUGCAACUGGUCAGGGGUACUGACACCAAGACGCCCCGUUUGGAUCGGAUAAUUUAUCGUCUUUUUUUUAAGAGGAGCGUCGCACGGGAUGUCGAGCCUCCUGGAGAACCCUCUGCAAGCGGUGCUCUAUCUGAAGGAGCUCACCGCCAUCGUGCAGAACCAGCAGAGUCUGAUCCAAACCCAGCGAUACCGGAUAGACAUACUGGAGCGCCGGCUAGAGGAUCUAGCAGUUGAGAAUCGGCAUCUGCGGGACUCCAGCAGCCAACACCGGCAUCCUCCCCGCUAUCAUCCGCCUCCGCCCCCCCGGUCCUCCAGCCUACCUCGAACCGGCAGAUCCGGGACCCCACCGGUCCAAACCCAGCAGCAGCAGCAGCAGCAGCAAGCUUCCCCCCUGGACAUGCAGCUCGUUCCAGCGGGACCCAGCAAUGCCAGUCCAGAUUCUGCUGAUGAAGAUGAUAAUGAUGCUCAGGACCCCUGCUGUCGGUCCCUGGUCCCACAGACACCUGCCACCUUGUGCCGAGCUGUGGGACUCCCACGGUCAUCUGAGAGCCAGACCGUCCUGCACCAGUUCUGCUGUCCCGCACCAGAGGCCCCAGAGGGAGACUCCCUAACCUGCUCCAGCUCGAUUCCUGCUGCAGGAGAAGAACAGAAAGAUGAGAAAAAAGACGCCCAGCAUGACGCGCCGCCCUGCUCACAUCCUCCACAAUAUGAGCUCUCUCCUGAUCUCAAACAAAAACAGAUAGAGGAACUGGAGCAGAAGUACGGUGGUCCUCUGAUUUCCCGCCGAGCGGCCUGUAAGAUCCAGACGGCGUUUCGUCAGUACCAGCUCAGUAAGAACUUCCAGAAGAUCAGGAACUCUGUUCUGGAGAGUGGGAUCCCGCGGCGCAUGUCAGUGCGCAGGGUCCGGGUGCAGAGGGACGGGUUUUCUGCUGAACGGGCGCUGAUGGAGGGAUGUUCACUCAUGGGCAUCCCGCUCACACACUCCACCUCGCUGCCGGUGGCCACUACAACCACACUCACACACCUGGAGGACACAUUCAGUGAACAGGUUCAGUCAUUAGCGAGGUCUAUUGACGAGGCUUUGAGCAGCUGGAGUUCUGUUCGGGACGGGGAAGGAGAGAAGUCCACUGCGGCCCCUCCCUCUGGAUCCCAUACCGAAGGGGUCCUGAUGGACCCUGAUGCCCUACAGGAUGCCCCCCAGAGCGGCUGUGGGGUGAACAUACCCCGCAGCGCCAGUAAACUCAUGAUGGCUUUCAGGGAUGUGACUGUUCAAAUUGACAACCACAACUUUCGCCUCUCCUCCUCAAUGCUGGAGUCAGUAUCUCUUGGUAACGGUGUAUCCAAGGAGACCAGCUCAGAACCCCAAACUGGGGGACAGAAAGCAGGCCAGUCGGCAUCAACAGCUACGACAGAGCCUGAGUUUCCAGCUCCGCCACCCAGUGAGGAAGAGACAGAGAACCAACAGCCAACCGGAAGGGAUGGACCGACAGCAGGGGCGGGACUGGAAGGGAAACCGACCAAUCAGAUUGCACCAGAGAUGGCAGAAAACAGCUCAGAGCCCGUCAGUAGCAGCAGCACCUCGACAUCAGCGUGUGAGACGAUGAUUCUGUCUCUGCCCCGCCCACAUUGUCAGGACACGCCCUGCGGCACGCUUUCCACGGAUAUUGCACGCAAACGCCUUUACCGCAUAGGACUCAACCUCUUCAAUGUUAAUCCAGACAAAGGCACCCAGUUCCUGAUAUCCAGGGGCUUUAUUCCAGACACAGCCAUCGGUGUGGCUCACUUCCUGUUGCAGAGGAAGGGCUUGAGUCGACAGAUGAUUGGAGAGUUCCUGGGUAACAGCAAGAGGCAGUUCAACAGAGAUGUGUUGGACUGUGUGGUGGAUGAGAUGGAUUUCUCCAUGCUGGAGCUGGAUGAAGCUUUGAGGAAGUUUCAGGCUCAUGUGCGAGUGCAAGGAGAAGCUCAAAAAGUCGAGAGACUCAUUGAAGCAUUCAGUCAGAGGUACUGUAUGUGUAACCCUGACGUGGUGCAGCAGUUUCAUAACCCUGACACCAUCUUCAUCCUGGCCUUCGCCAUCGUUCUGCUGAACACAGACAUGUACAGUCCCAACAUCAAACCAGAGCGCAAGAUGCUUCUGGAGGACUUCAUACGCAACCUACGAGGAGUGGACGAUGGCGCAGAUAUUCCACGAGAAAUGCUAGCUGGGAUUUAUGAGCGGAUUCAGCAGAGGGAGCUGCGCUCCAACGAGGAUCAUGUGACUUACGUUACCAGAGUGGAGCAAAGCAUUCUUGGAAUGAAGACGAUACUGUCGGUUCCUCACCGCAGGCUGGUGUGCUGCAGUCGACUCUAUGAGGUCACCGAUGUGAAUAAACCACAGAAACAGGCCUCGCAUCAGAGGGAGGUGUUCCUCUUCAAUGACCUGAUCGUGAUCCUCAAACUAUGCCCUAAGAAGAAGAGUGCUGCCACAUACACGUUCUGCAAGGCCAUGGGCUUACUGGGAAUGCAGUUUCAUCUGUAUGAGAAUGAGUAUUACCCUCAUGGCAUCACGAUAUUGUCUCCGUUCUCGUCUGAGAAGAAGCAGGUGGUGAGUUUCUGUUCUCAGAGCGCCGAGGAGCUGCUCAAGUUUGUAGAGGACCUGAGAGAGAGCAUCGCAGAGGUGGCAGAGAUGGAACAAAUACGGAUUGAGUGGGAACUAGAAAGACAACAGGUUGUGAGAAAUCAAACGAACAAGAACGGCACACAACUAGACAUCCAUGCUGGACCUAGUUCUGCUUCAGGGGAAGACUUUUAUGAGAAAACUGGAAGCAACACGGUAGAGGUGUCAAUUCACAACAGGCUCCAAACGUACCAACUCAGCUCUCCUCUGGCCCCACCCAGCGCUCAGCAACACCUGGCCGUCCUGCCUAGCCCCGCCCCCGGCUCCGCCCUCACCAUCUCCCCCGACACCCUGAUCCAGUGCCAGCAGAUCGUGAAGGUGAUCGUCGUAGACUCUGCUGGGCGUGGCCAUGUGGAGGCAUUCCUCAGCCACAACCCCGCCCAUCGUCUCAUCCAAUCGGCUGUCUCCACGCCCACCAGGUCACGGGAGGCAGGCAAACAGCAGCAGCCACCCCUCCCUCCCCCGCCACCUCCUUAUCAUCACCCGCAUCAGUUUUGCCCCCCGACCCCUCCGCCUCCACGCCACCUGCUGAGCCAACGCAGGUACUCCAGCGGGACACGCAGCCUAGUCUGAAACACACAGAUUGGUUAACAGCUGUUAAAGGGACAGUUCACCUAAAAAGAACAUUCUGUCUUCAUUUAAUCAAUCCAUGUUGUUUCAAACCCAUAUGUGACCCUGGAUCACAAAACCAGUCAUAAGAGUCAAUUUUUUGAAAUUGAGAUUUAUAUCGCAUCAUAUCAUAAGCUUUCCAUUGAUGUAUGGUUUAUUAGGAUCAGACAAUAUUUGGCAGAGAUACAACUAUUUGAAAAUCUAGAAUCUGAGGGUGCAAAAUAAUAUAAAUAUUGAGAAAAUUGCCUUUAAAGUUGUCCAAAUGAAGUUCUUAGCAAUGCAUAUUAUUAAUCAAAAAUUAAGUUUUGAUAUAUUUAUGGUAUGAAAUUUACAAAAUAUCUUUAUGGAACAUUUUAUUUUUAGCAUAAAAGAAAAAAAUAUCAUUUCGACCCAUACAAUGUAUUGUGGGCUAUAGCUAUAAAUAUACCCAUGCUACUUAUGACUGGUUUUGUGAUCCAAGGUCACAAAUGCUAUUUUUUUUAGAACACAAAACAUUUUGAAUAAUAUUUACACAGCUUUUUUUCAAUACAAAGACAAUUUAUAGUUAAAAUAAACACCAUAAAAAACACAAUUUAAUGCAAUCUGUACAAUUUGUGGACUCUGAAGUCCUUUGAAGCCAUAUGUAAUUUAAUGCCCAUAAAAUUUAUGUUCACUGGAAUACUAAAAUGACCUUUCACAGAAACAUUAAGAUGCAUUAAUUUUUUUAAUGAAAAAAAAAAAAAAAAACUGCCCAGUGCAGUAAGACAAAAUUUACUUGUCUGUGAAUACAAAGUCUUAAAUUAAUAUUUUAUUUAGUGUUGUUUCAAGUAAAUUUAUUUGAUGUCAUUAAUAUAUAUUUUAACUGGAAUGUAAGUAAAAAAUCGACAAAAAAUAUUUGUUAAGAUUAGGAUAUUUUGAAGUUUAAUAAGUGUUAAUUUGCCAUUGUUAUUUUGUAUUAUUUAUAUACUAUUAUAAUGAAAGUGAUGUGACAUUCAGCCAAGUAUGGUGACCCAUACUCAGAAUUCGUGCUCUGCAUUUAACCCAUCCGUAGUGCACACACACACACAGCAGUAAACACACACACACCCGGAGCAGUGGGCAGCCAUUUAUGCUGCGGCGCCCGGGGAGCAGUUGGGGGUUCAGUGCUUUGUACCUAAGUCGUGGUAUUGAAGGUGGAGAGAGAACUGUAAAUUCACUCCCCCCACCCACAAUUCCUGCCAGCCCGAGACUUGAACUCACAACCUUUUGAUUGUGAGUCCAACUCUCUAACCAUAGGUCACAACUUCCUCUAAUGUUUAUUCGUAAUAUACAUUUUUUUUAAGUUAUUUGCUUUUGUAUUUGUAUUGUUUUUAAAAUAUUCUAGUUUUAGUAAUUUUAGCACAUCAACUUUAUUUCAGUAAGUUGACAAGACAAGAUUUCUAUAUUUGAACAUUUAAUACAUUUUUUAAAAUUUUAUGUAAUAUUUACAUAAAAAAAAAUUCCCCAUAGGUUUAACUGUCACUGCAGGGAAAAGAGCUGUAUAAACAUUCUUCAAACAUUCAGUUUUUAUUUGUUCUGUGGACCCUAACCCUAUCCCUAACCCAUUACUUUAAAACUAAACUAUAAUGUACACUCUUUCUGAAGACACGAAAUAGCACAAGCAGCCCGAUCUGAACUGUUGGGCUCACGUCGCUCAAAAGAAGCUACACGUAGAAUUGUUAGGUCCUCAUGGCCUUAAAGUGUGUAUUUAAAAUGAGUAGAUGUAUAGUAUUUUUUUAAGAGGGAUUUUUUUUUUCUCAGAUCUUUUCUUCAUGCCCCCGUAUUCAAAUGAAAUGUCUAUAUAUUUAGAUUUCUCUUUAAAUACCAAUGUUUUGUGUUGCUCCGACCUGAACUACAAUAGAUGGAUGUAUUGUAGAGGGAGUGCUGUGAAGAUUAAUUCGUUUCUACACACCAUCAUAAUAUAAUGUUUGAAAUUCUAUAAAUGUUCACAUUGUGUUUUGUAUGGACAUAGAAAAUCACCACCCUCUUUCAAAGGUCUUGAAAACGAAAUCAAAUUCCAGUAUCUGGAUAUAAAUCAUACCUCACAGCAUUUCUGAAAACAAAUGCAAAAAGUAAAAUAACUAGGUUAAAAGAGAGAACACCCCCUUGAGUUGGUUUAGAUGCAGCAAAUAACAAUUUGCACCCACAAGUCACUGCAGUACGCAUCCUGAACUAAACAGUAACCAACUGUAUCAGGAGGCGGAUCAAGUGACAUCUACUGCACAUUUGCAUAAAUUUAACCUCAACUUUGCUCUUUAUUCAAAUGGCCUGAAAUACUGAAAAUGAAUGACAAAUUGCUGCAAAUCAAAUCAUUCUUCAGGGAAUUAUUCCAGCUCUGUUCUGAAUGUCCUCAACCAAUGCUUUUGGUAGAAAUUUAGGUCAGGACGUGGCAACUGAAGAAUUUCUUACUUCCAAGAUAAAAUCUGCAGAUUUUGUCUGUAUUUGGCAUCAUCUGCUUACUUUCUUAUCCUGUCAAGAGCCCAAGUGUCAGCUGCUGAGAAAUUUAGGACGCUGUCAUCCCGUGUGGAGGAAGCGCUUGAUCUUGAGAGCCGUGCACCUUGUACCUAAUGAGGGUGUUGACUGAGCUCCAUAAACCCUUUAAAACAUUUGGAUACUCGGCUCCUGACUUGUGCCUUCUCAUAAAACUAUCCUUAUGUCCUUUAAAAAGCACAUUUUGGUCCAAUGUGAAUUGCUAAUAUGUCCUGUAUCCCUUUCCCAUAUAGUACUUACUAGAAAUAUGAGGUUUCCUGAAUUUCUACAUUUAUUUAAAUUUCAUUAUUGUCCACAAAUUCUGAUAAGUCUAACCUAACUAGUGUGGAACAAAAUGUUUAAAUAAUAACUUUUAUUUACAGCAUCCUGGUUGAAAGUGUUAGUUGAUUUUCAUUCAGUCUGAAAUUUGAUAUAUUUUCACAUACAUUCACACAGAAUGUACAGCAAGUAUUGAUCUGUUGAUGUUUGUAAAUGAGUAAAAAUUAAAGGAAUAGUUCACUCAAAAAUUAAAUUUUGCAUAAUCACCCUGAGGACAUCCAAGAUGUAGAUAAGUUUGUUUCAGAUUAAAUUUGGGGAAAUUUAACGUUACAUCACUUGCUCACCAGUGGAUCCUCUGCAGUGAAUGGGUGCCGUCAGAAUGAGAGUCCAAACAGCUGAUAAAAACCUCACAAUAAUCCACAUGACUCCAGUCCAUAAAUUAACAUCUUGUGAAGUAAAAAUCUUUGUAUUUGUAGGAAACAAACACAUCAUUAAGGCUUUUUGAUUUAAAACAGUCCUCUACGAUAUUGAUUUCUCCAAAGAAAUCAGGAGAGAAAUAUACACAGAUAAAAGAGUUCUAAACAAAUGUGUAGGUGUAUUUUGGUGUUAGAUUUUAAACUUGUAUUUUGGCCGGAAGUUUAAAGUUAAAAAGCCUUCAUUCAAAUCUAAAGCCUUCUCCAAAUCUGUUCUGAUCUCAUCUACAUCUUUGGGUGGCCUGAGGGUGAGUACAUUUUCAGCAGAUUUACAUUUUUAGGUGAACUAUUCCAUUAAACUAUUCCAUUUGCACAUUUUUCUUUCUUUGCUUAAGCUUUUUCUUUAAAACAACUUUUUACAGCAACAAAUAGAGCAUUUUGAAAGAGGGUGGUGAGAUAGUUUACCAGCUAGAGCCAGGGGUUGGCUUUCACCCAGUUAAUCAUCCUGAAUCAAUCUUUUUAUUGUGUCUGGUCCUAUAGAGCGACUCUGUAGCGUGUUACUGUGAUCAAGCCUGGUGCUCAGGUAGCUCCAUGUGAAAACCAGGUGCACAUCAAACCUCUGAGAAAAUAUCACAUGUUGUAUACUACAAGGCUAUGACUGAUAAAUUGUAUAUUUUUAAAAAGAUAUCACUAAAAAUGUUUAUUAAAAUCUUUUGGUCGGGGGGGAUUUGUGCUUUAAAAUGAUCUGGUGGAUUAUGUUUGUGUUUGCCUCUUAGAAUUCAUGUUUUCUGUACCGCAUGUCAUAAGAGAUUCAUAUGUUUCUGUGCAGAUAUCUAUAAAGAGCUUUUAUCAGGAGUAUAUCUCAGAUGUUCAACACUAAUAUUUAUGUUUCUAUUAACUUCGUUCAGUUUUGAAUCACAAAACUAGUUUUGAAUUAUAAGAAUCUACAUAUCUGUUCUUUUUUUUUCAAGGCAUUAUUGGAAUGAUGUCAUUAUGUGCUUAGACACAGAAAUAACUGAAAAGCAGCAAAAAAUGUAUUUAUACAUCUAUUUAUUCAUACAGAGUAGGAGAAUGCAAAGCUUUAUUGUAUAGUUUGCACAGCUGUUUAUUCAUUGAGAUGCGCUGAUCAAUUACAGUCUUUUCUUUGUGCACACCUGCUCUGACAUGUUGAUGGGACCGUUCAAUUCACGUACGCUCCUCAACCACGCACCACGUCAGCCAGAAACUGUACAUUUGCUAGGUUAAAUUAGUAGGUAGUGACAUAUUUGUUUCUGAGAACAUAGCGACACAUUUAAUCCCAGCAAGGGGCCGUAUUCUGACUGUGAAGUUGUGAAACUGCACUACAUUUUUGUGAAAAUGCAUCAUAAACUCCAUCCUUGAGUCCAUGCUUUUAGUCUAACAUGAACUUCUUGACUUCAGUUUCAAACUCCCCGAAGUUCAUUAAAAAAAAAAAAAAGGCUAAAGGUAUCUGUCUGAAAAGAAAAUGAUGAUUUUCAUGUUUAAUUUCUCAAAAUAUGGCCUUGUGAUUGUUAAAGCAAUGGUCCCAUCUAAUAGGUUUUUACAAUCUAUAUUUGUAUUGAGCACUAUUAUGGAGUUUUAUAUAGUGUAAAGACACUUGAUACAUUCAAAUUCAUAUCCUGUAUAUGCAAUGUCACUUAAUCAUAUCUCAACAAUCAUUAAACGUUUGGAAACUAGAAUAGAAA